AUGAGGAUUACAUCUAUCCGAGUGUUUCGCGCGAUUGCUGCUUGUAAAAACAGUACACAGGAACUUCUUAUGUAUGACAUUAGCAGUCCCAGAAAGGUUAUUCCAGAUUUGGAUGCCCUUGAUUUGAUUAAGGAUCGAAAUCUUCAGAUGUUAACAGAUUCUUGUUUGGAAGGUCAAUUUUCCAAUGACGACGGAACAGAGUUAGUGCGUCUAGCUUCAAGAUGCUUACAAUAUGAAGCUCGUGAGAGGUCAAAUCCAAAAUCAUUAGUUGCUGCUGCAUUGAUUCCUCUUCAAAAGGAAACUGAGCUUUCAUUCCAGAUGUGGACAAAUCAAAUGCAGGAUACAUUGAACUCAAAGAAAAAUGAUUUUAUGACGAGUCGUAUCUCCUAUUCCCCGUCGUUUGUGCAGUUUAUUGAGGUUGGAACAAUGGUCUCCCCAACUGUUUAUGCUCGCCGAAGUUUGUCACAUCUCAUGAGUGAUGUGCCUGAUGAGGCCUCAAUGAUGCUGUGCAAGCACAAGUUGUAUCUCCUGCUUGGCAUAUAG